AUGAAAAAAUCGCGACUACUUGUUGUAGCCUUGAUUGUUGGUAUAGUUGCACAUGUCGGACAAGCAGAUGAACUCAAUUUUCAAAAAAUAUUUUCUAAAGUAGCAACAACUGCUCAGGAUCAAAAUAUUUUAUCACAACUUGAAGAACGUUUGCCAAAAUUCCUUGCUAUAAAUAUACCUUCAAAUGAAAAUGUCGACAAAGCAUUUCCAAAAUUUAAAGAAGCACUUCGACUAAUUCCUGCAAACAUUAAAUGCGACAGUCUACUUGAUGCCACGAGCGCUCGAGAUCUAUUUCCUGCAAUACAACCAAUAUAUCGUUAUCUCAAGGACACAGUAUGGAAAUCAAUAUUGAAAUUAAUUGAUUUACCGCAAGAAUUACGUCGAAUUCCAGCACAAAAUUUAGCUGAAACAAAUUUAAAUAAUCUACUAUCAUAUUCUGAUGAAGACACGGUUUCAAACGUACUUGAAUUGAAUUCAAAUCGACAGGAUUUUAGUGAUGGUCAAAAAUCAAUCCUCGUUCAAAACUAUAUCGAUAAAAUAAAAACAAAACUUAAUCCAGCUAAUUUUCAGCAGUUAAUAACACAGAGAUUAGGCGCAUCAUUUCUUCGCUAUCUUCCGUUGGAUUUUCUUCUUAAUAAUUCAAUUUUCAAUGACAAUGGCGUUAUUCGUAAUGUUGCAACAUGGCUCAAUUUACUGAGUCCAUUACAACGUGAUGCUAUCUCAAAUAAAGUCUAUCGAUCAUUAACAGAUACUACAGGUAAAAUAGUACAAAAUACAAAUCCAUUACGAUUAACAACUGAUGAUCCAAGUGCAUUGGACAUGGUUGCUCGUAUGAUGCCGAGUUUAUCGACAAGACAAAUAAUCAAUGCUGUUGGAGAUAAAAUUGUUCCAUUACUUGACCGAUCAAGUGUUCGAGAAGAUCAAUCGUGUGCAACUUCUCUUGCGUUACUUAAUCGAACAUUAGAAACAAAACGCUCCACAAAUCGUCAUUUUCGACCUAAUCCACAGUUGAUUCAACGAUGGCAAGAAUGUUAUAGUGGUUGCGAUUUAAGUGAUCUCUUUACGGACCGACAAGAUUUGAAAGAAUUAUUAAAAAAUCAUCCAAAUCCAGAAAGUUGCGACCGUUUAGUUAAUGAAGUUAAAAAAGAAUAUGAUCUUGAACGUAGUGUUACAGUAAAUAAAUUACGCGAUGUAUCAGAUGCGUUCGGUUCAAUUUAUAGAACUGAUGAAAUAAGUGAUUUAAGCGAUGAACUUAUGGCUGAAUUAGGUAGAGAUGAAAAAACCCUUGAAAAACUUGGUGCACAAGAUUUAACACCCAAUGAAGCACGAACAAUUAUGAAUAAAAUUCCACGAUCAAUACAAAAUAUUUGGGGUAAAAAUAUGCUUGGUAAAUUAGGUAAUUUAAUACCCGGUAUUGAUAAUACUAUACUUAAACAAAUAUUAACACGUGGACGUGGUGAUUUACCACCACUAUUCAAUAAUACAUCGCCAUCAUUUAUUCGAAAACUUGUACCAAGUAAAAUUCGUCUUCUCAUUGAUCAGUAUGCUACUGAGCCAAAUCUUGCAAAAUAUCGCCAAUUAUUAGAAUCGAAUUAUGCAAAAAAAUAUAUUAAAUCUGAAACAUUAAAUCAAAUUCUUCAUCUAGCACCUGAUGUACUUCGUUUAAUUCGUUUUACACCCGCUCAGGCUUCAGCUGCUAUAGGCAAUCGUUUAGGUUUAGAUAAGAAAUUUGAUGGAAGUCUUGGUAACUUUGGAAUGAUAAGUAAUUUUAUCAAUGGGUUAACAAAAAGCGAUAUUGAAAAAAUAAAACCUGAAGAAUCACUUCAAGCUGUACAACAAGCAUUUGGUAGUUCAAAAACUAAAAAUAUUGAUAAUCAAAUGCAAUCAAAUACUCGUUAUGCAUUUGGUAAUUUAUUACGUCGUGGUCUUCAAACAAGCGAAGCAACACAAAAAGCCGACGACUACAUCAAAGGACUUUUCCGUGAAGAUAAUCUUGUCGACGAUCUUAAUCCACAAUUAUUCUCAACGAUGACAAAUGCUGAACUUGAUGCCAUUAAUCGACUAGGCCAUGACGAUGCCAAUCGAUUUUGGAAUGCUGUUGGUACAAUUCGCGAUCCAGCUUGUUGUUCGUUUGUGGAUGAAAAUCGAUUUCGCUUAGCUGAUUAUGCUCUAAGAUAUUAUGGUUCAGCGACUGGUGAUAUAGAUAACUUUAAGUUGUCUCAAUUGGGACCAUUUUUGGCGACGAGUUUACGUGCAAGCGAUAUUCGUCGUGUAACAACAGAUGCGCUAAUAAAUAAAAUAAGCUUCUUUAAAUCGAAUUGUUUUCAACCAGCUAAAGCCGAAGGACAAGCGCUUGGUGCUAGACUUAAUGAUGCACUUGGCGAAGUUGAUGAUAAUCUUAAGGCUUUAUAUCUUGAUCUUAUUGGAGAAUUAGCUAUUUAUCUACCCAUGGAUAUUGCUGCUCCCAAGCGUGUAUUAUCUCAACGAGCAAAUUAUCUCUCGAAAUCACUUGAUAAAAUUCAAAAUCGUGAUGAAAGAUGCAAAGUACCAGAUCAAGAUGGAUUUUUAAGCAAAGCAAAACAAGGCAUAAAACGAACAUUGGUCAAUGCUUUUCUCGAUCAACGUUCAUCAUUUUUCAAUCUUCGUAAACGCCGUGACGCAAAUGAAAAAAAUAAUAAUAUAACUUGUCAACAAUUACGACAAAUGGGCUCGUCUAUUUCUGCUCUUGCGGCUGAUGAAAUUUCAUCGAUUGCUGAUGAUGUACUCUUCGAAUGUAUCGAUGCAUUUGGUUCCGUAACUGGUUAUAAUUCAGAUAGAAUGAAACAGAUUGCUCAAAAAUAUCUUCAAGCAUUAAAAAGUCAAGGUCGGCAUAUUCAAUCGAUAGGUCAACCUGAAUUAUAUAAAUUGAAUUCAGUUUUAACUGGUUUUACUUCAAGUGAAUUGUUACAAUUACGAAGUGAACUUUUUCGUAAUGGAAAUUUCCUUUCAUUUAUUGGAAAUCUCGACGGUUGGACAGGUGAUCAGCUCAAAUCUCUAGCACAACUUACUCUCAGUAAGGAACAACGUUUAUCACCACCAAUUCUUGAAAAUGCUGGUAAAAUUUUAUGUUCUGUUGAUGAACAAGUUCUUCGCCGUGUACCAUCAGAAGACGUCAAAUCUUAUCUCAGUAUUUUGGCUAAUGUUGAAUGUCCAACGGAAGCAAAUAUGAACUAUUCAUCAACAAUGUUUGAUAUGGUUAAAAAUGUCUAUCAAGGUGAUGCUUUUCGACCAGAUAUUUUUGGUUCAUUGGGUACCAUUGCUGCUGGCUUGAAAUCAGCUGAUCUCAGUGCCUUAUCACCAGAAUUAUUUAAUUUUUUUCCACAACAAGCAAUGUCCUAUUUACCGAAAGAUAUUUUAAAAUCAUUUAAUCUUGAACAAUUACAAAACUUAAAUAUUGAACAAAUAAAAUCUAUUCCGACAAGUAUAUUUGGUGCAUUGAGUGGAAAACAAAUGACAAUUCUCAAUCAAAUACUUUAUCCAUUCAAAUCUUCAGCUGGAUUUAUGAAACAUACAUAUUCAACGACAAUUGUAUGGCUAUUACCUCUAAUUUCAAUUAUUUUUAUUCAUCGAUUUAAUGCAGUCUAA